GCUGUUCAAUUUGGCAACAAUAUAGAGAUUUGACCGUUUCUAUAAAUGGCACUCAGAACGAAAACAUAUAAUAAUGACAAAGCUAAAAUUAUUCCAAUAAAAAGUGUGGCCAUGCAAUCAUAAACAUACCGGAAAUACAUCGUUCCUAUGUGUUUGACGACAGAGAGACGAGGCGUUUUAUGACAAAGCAGCUAAUCAGUGGUAGUCACUGAUGUGUCAGGACUCUUGGCAGGAGAGCAGUAUGCAUCAACAAUGACAAAGUUUUAGUGCUCAUGUAUGGAGCAUAUAUGAAUACUGCUGCUGUAACGGUUACCUAACAGUGCUAGACCGGCUAACGAGCUAGCAGUGGUAAUGUUACUGGGGCUUACUGGUGUUAAUAGUCCGCAGCUGGCUGAAUGACACAGCCAGCGGGCUGUCCCUUGAAUAUGCGCAGUCUUUCUAGAGACAGACUACAGAGGCAUGGAAAGGAACGGGGAUGCAAUUUGGAGCACGGGUCCUUAAGGUUAUUAGCAGUUGCAUACCCAUGGUAAAGGUUUAACGCUAGUUUGUUUUCUCGUCGGAAUCUGCUGCGUUCAGCUGCCUCAAAAUACAGGAGUGUCGGUGAUGCUGUUUGUUCCAGGCCAAAUGCACCGGUGUUCCGAAUUGGGACAGAGCAACCAAACUAUGUUAUAAAUCAUGAAAAACUGCGACUAUCAACAAAUCGAACCACAGGCUCUUCCUACACCGACCCCUAUCCCUCCACCUCAUCAUGGAGAUAGCAGCGACAAGAGAGACGAGCCGAGAAGACCGAGGAGAAAGUGGGAAGUUUUCCCCGGGAAGAAUCGCUUUUACUGCGAUGGACGGAUCAUGAUGGCCCGGCAGAGCGGGGUCCUGCCCCUCACCCUGGCCCUGAUUCUCGUCACCACUGGAUUAUUCUUUAUAUUCGACUGUCCCUUCCUCGUCAAACACCUGACCAGCUGCAUUCCUGUUAUCGGAGGAGUUCUCUUUGGAUUUGUGAUCAUCACCUUGCUCCAGACUAGUUUCACCGACCCCGGCAUCCUGCCCCGAGCGACACCAGACGAGGCUGCAGACAUUGAGAAACAGAUUGACAACACUGGUAACGCCUGCUAUCGGCCUCCGCCACGUACUAAGGAAGUCGUCAUCAACCAGCAGGUGGUCAAGCUCAAGUACUGCUUCACCUGCAAGAUGUUCCGGCCUCCACGCACUUCCCACUGUAGCCUGUGUGACAACUGUGUGGAGCGAUUUGACCAUCACUGCCCCUGGGUGGGGAACUGCGUAGGGAAACGCAACUACCGCUUCUUCUACACUUUCAUUGUGUCGCUUUCCUUCCUGACAGCGUUCAUCUUCGGCUGUGUGACCACACAUCUAGCACUGAGGGCACAAGAUGGAAAAGGCCUGGUGUUUGCUCUGCAAGAGAGUCCAGGCAGUGCAGUGGAGCUGGUGAUAUGUUUCUUCUCAGUCUGGUCCAUAUUGGGCCUCUCAGGUUUCCAUACAUACCUGGUCUCUUCCAACCGGACCACUAAUGAAGACAUUAAAGGCUCCUGGUCAGGAAAGACUGGAGAUGUCACCAACCCAUACAGUCAUGGAAACAUCCUUAUCAACUGUUGUUCUGUGCUCUGUGGACCUAUGCCACCGAGCUUGAUCAACAGACGAGGUUUUCUGCCUGCUGAUGAAUCUGCUCAGACGGCCGGCAUGGACAUUGAGCUGCAAACUCUGGCCACAAAAAGCGAGAUAAACGUGUGCACACAGGGAACUAAAGAUCUGCUGGAGUCGGCCACUCUCUCUCUGCUUCUGUCCACAUCUUGUCCUCAGGGGAAACCUCAGACAGCUCAAACCUGCCUAGACAACAGCUCCACGGUGAAUUCUGACCCCUCACCGGAGCUCUCCACGAGUUGCGGGGCCCGUCAUACCACCAACUCCACAGGCGAUACUUCUUCUCCACAUCACACUAAGACUCGCUCAAAGAAAAGCAAACAAGCUACUGUGCAUAUUCACAACCCUGCCUUUGAUGUCCAUGCUUCUCCUACCUCUUCAGACACUGGCCCCAGCUCCAAAGCCAGGGACCACAAAGGUGCCAGGUUUACCACAUUGCACUGACUGACUUA